AUUACCCAAUAAGAUAUCAGCAAAAAUGGCUUCUUUUUCUCCCCUUUUAGCCAUGGCACUCGCCAUUUUCAUCUUCUCCUCUCACUCAAAUGCUCAGUUAAGUUCCACUUUUUACUCCACCACAUGCCCUAAUGUGUCCUCAAUUGUCCGCACUGUGAUUCAACAGGCGUUGCAAAACGAUGCUCGCAUUGGUGGUAGUCUUAUUCGUCUCCAUUUUCACGACUGCUUCGUUGAUGGAUGUGAUGGUUCUCUUUUGUUAGACAACAAUGGAACAACCAUUGUUAGUGAGAAAGAUGCACUCCCAAACACCAACUCCACCAGGGGUUUCGACGUUGUUGACAACAUUAAGACCGCAGUUGAGAAUGCCUGUCCCGGUGUUGUUUCCUGUGCUGAUAUUCUGGCGUUGGCUUCUGAAUCCUCAGUUUCUCUGGCUGGUGGUCCUUCAUGGAAUGUGUUGUUAGGGAGAAGAGACGGCAGGACAGCAAACCAGGGAGGAGCUAACACUAGUCUUCCUUCUCCCUUUGAAAACUUAACCAACUUAACACAAAAGUUUACAAACGUUGGAUUGAAUGUUAAUGAUCUUGUAGCGUUAUCUGGUGCUCAUACGUUUGGACGUGCACAGUGUCGUACAUUUAGUCCCCGGUUAUUCAACUUCAGCAACACCGGCAACCCUGAUCCGACCUUAAACACAACCUACUUAGCCACUUUACAACAAAUUUGUCCACAAGGUGGGUCUGGAUUCACCGUGACCAACCUUGACCCGACAACCCCAGACACCUUCGACAACAAUUAUUUCUCAAAUUUACAGACCAACCGUGGGCUUCUGCAAUCAGAUCAGGAGUUGUUCUCAACAUCUGGGGCUCCAACCAUUGCCAUUGUCAACAAUUUCAGUGCAAAUCAAACUGCCUUCUUUGAGAGCUUUGUUCAAUCAAUGAUUAAUAUGGGAAAUAUUAGCCCCUUAACUGGGUCCAAUGGAGAGAUUAGGUCAAACUGUAGGAGACCCAAUUGAGGAAAAUUAUAAUUUUCUCACUCCUACUAUUUACCUGUCUGUCUUCUGUUGUCUCCCAGAUUAUUUGUCCGUUUUGGUGUGUUUUUACUCUACCUUUGUUGCUCUGUGAGUGAAAUAUUACAGGGAUUGAGAGAAUAUGAGAAUUGUAUCAUUAUCUGCACAUGUUUUUGUCGUAUACAAGAACAUACAAUUGUACAAGUCAGCUUUUGUGUACCUCUCAUUUUCAAUAUGUAAUUUGUUUAAUGGAAAUAGCAAUGUUACAAUUUGUCCUUCCCUGGCA